CUUUCUGCAGAGACAGACCACUGGCCUAAUGAAGCAAGAUAGGCUAUAAAGACUGCGUUUUGUAACGAAGAGUUUGGUUUUUUUUAAUUCUGGGUUCGAAGAAAUUCAAAUGUAUCAUUUUGUUAUGGAUCCGGUGCCCAAUUCCCUUGUAAUAAAAUACAACGUCUUGAUUUUAGUUAACAGAUCCAGAAUUUCAAAACUCAGCGAACAUUGAUUGGCGAUUUACCUACCAACAGUUGAAGGACGAGAUGCAUUACCAAAACUGCUACAGGUACCCGGAGGUUGGGUACCUUUGGAGUAAUCGGCUGAUGUGGCCGAUAUAUAAAAAAUAAAAAAGUAAAAUCAGUCUCUCAAGAAACCCAGCCAAAUCUGCGCCCAAGAAAAUUUUUUAUCCGAUUUUUAUCCCAACUCUUGUACACUCAUAAGAAAAUUUAUCAUCACUUGAAAAAUUCCUUUCCUUUCAUCAUCUUUUCCCGGUUUCCAGGUAACCAAUUAUAUAAUAUUGAACCCUUUACGAAAAUUUCAAGAAGAAAAACUAAAAGAGAAAAAAAUAUUUUACCGUUAUGUUAUUACCGAUCAUGUUGAACUUUGAGGAUAGCAUGAAAAUUUGCAAUAUAAAAUACUCAUUUGUGGUCAUAGAGAAGGUGAUCCACGAGCUGACCGAAGAAAGAGAAAAGAGACAAUCUUCAGGCAGAUUCAAAGAGGAUUAAGUUAUUAACAAAAGCUUCGGGAAUGAGAUAAUAAAGCCUGAUCUCGAAGAGAGAGAAGCUUUCGCAAGAGAAGCAGUUAUUAUGUGAAAAAUCAAUCUUGGAUUUUGUAACAAGGGGACGCAGAUGAAUAAUAAGGCUGAGUUUUUGGAGAAGAAUCGGCAGUUCAAUGUAUCUGAAUAAUUAUCCCAAGCUUUGAUAGGUCAUUAUGUCUUGGAGAGAUUGGAGAUUCCAAGCUACGAGAAGCAGAUUAUUGCUCUGUUUGCUGUGUCUGUGACUAAGGAAAGGGGGGAAGAACUGGUUUACAUGAAAGACACCGUUUCAUUUGAACACGAGGAGGAACGUGUGCGGGGGUUCCUUACCGAGUCCAAAUAGACUUUUUGAUUGAAUAAAGAGCAAUUGGUAAGACUUGAUUCUAUCUUGAAUUUCUAAUACGCCUGGAUUUUGUAUCUUCUGACUUGUCUAUUUCUAAUAACAAUUGUACUGGAUUUUGCGUCACAGUGACAUUUAUUUUUCGAGUAAGACUACGCAUCUACAACUGUACAGCUGCACACUUUGCACACUAUACGCGGCGUCAUUAUUUAUUUAUUUAUUUUUAAUUCCAAACGUGCAUUUUAGAUAUGUAAAAACCUCAUAUUUCGAUUGGUUGAAAGGAAACACAAAAUUUCGAAUUCCUCUUGCGAAACCCCUCCUCCCUCGCCCCAGUCACCUUCCUCCGCCCAGCACCACCGGUGGCGCCGUCUCUCUGCCCAGCAAGACCGAGCGACGCUACUUCAUCCGCACAGAGCCGCCAUUGCCUGGAAAGCAUUGAACGGAGCAAACAGUUGGAGUGCGAAGACCCCCGUCCCUCACUCAAUCUGCAUUAUAUCUUUAUCUCUAGCGAUGAACGCACUCGCCAAAUUGGUGACUCAUCUACGUGAAACUCGGCUCCUCCUUUUCACUGCCUAUAUUCUCUUCACGUCCAUAUGGAAGCAUAUUAGCGCUGGAGCCACCGCCCAGGAGCUUCUCCGAGGCUUCAAAGCCACCCCAGACCCUAAGGUGUCGUCGUUCCAACCUCUCCUUAACGAUUCCACAGGCAAUUUUUCACUCGCUUUCCUCCGAGUCAACAAGAGCCAGCUGGCCCUCGCCGUCCUCCACCUGCCAUCCUCCGAAUCACUCUGGCUCGCCAACCUAACUAAGCUAGCUAGCUGGUCCGAUACCACGCAGCUCUUCUUCAAUGGCAGUCUCGUUAUUUCAGAUCCUCUCUCGAAUGUGUUUUGGUCUACUCGGACCGACGGUGACCUUGUCGCACUCCUCAACUCCUCGAAUCUCCAAAUACAAAAGCUCGACGAGCACCCCUCAGUUAUCUGGCAAAGUUUUGAGUUUCCCACUGAUACCCUCGUUGAGACCCAAAAUUUGACCGCCAACAUGUCUUUGAUUUCAUCGAAUGGGCUUUACUCGAUGCGCUUAGGUUACGACUUUUGGGGCUUAUACACGGACUUUGGAUCGAACUCUGAUCAGAUAUACUGCAAACACACAGCGAUGGAGGCCAAAGCAGAGUUAGUCGAAGGGCAAGGACCGAUUUACGCCGAAGUAAACACAGACAGAUAUCUGGGCAUGUAUCAAAAUGGAAGCAAACCAGUGGGCAUGUAUCAAAAUGAAAGCAAACCAGAGCGACCAGUUUCUCAAGAGUUUCUCAAAAAUCAAAAGGAUGAGGAGAUUCGGGAGGGGGAGUUUGUGCGAGACGAGGGGGACAGUGGGGGAAGACUGCUGGUAUACAGCCUACUGGGGGAUUUCGAGUUCUUGCGUUCGGGAGAGAGGAGGGAACACGGCCUCUGUUUCUCUUUCUGAAAAAUCAAAUGUACGAAAAUGCUGAGGGAGGGAAUGGAAAGCAGAGACAUUCUCGUCAUUAAUGCACGUCACGUAUGGUGUGCGCCCGGCUGCUCUAAACAGGUGCUUCCAAUACUUUUUCUUAUUUUUCAAU